AUGCGUCCUAUAGUAUGUAACACUGAAUUAGCUUUCUUUAUUCCAACUAAUAAAGAAAAAAUGUCUCUAUGUGUAUUGCAGUUAAAUUAUAAAUUAGAACGUAAAAUGAAAACUAGCUAUGAAUAAAUUAAAAAUGCACGCUCAAGAUAUUAAGAACUAUUUUAUUAAUAGGAAACCAACUUAGAUUAUUUUUAUGAUUAAUUAACAGAAAGAAAAGAAAAUAUACUCUUCAAAAAUAAAAACAAUUAGCAAGUAAAGCAAAAUAUGCUUGUGAUUACAGUUUUAGAUGGAAAUAAAGGCUUUAAGAACGAAACUGGUUAGAUAUUUAUAUGAGUUGGUUUGUCAGCUGAAAGAGAAUUUUAUUCUUAAGAGAUGCAUUUUUAAGAUUUCCAGAAAAGACAUUCAAAAAGUAAAAGCUUGGCCUUACAAAAGAUAGAAAUAAUAAAAAGACAGAGCCAUAUCCUAUCAUUAAAAAAAAAGAAGAAUAAUCUUUUUGAUAAAUAGAGAAAAAUUCUAUAUUAUUCCUACCAAGGAGAUUUAAAAUAAGUAUACUUUAUUAUUAUCAUUAUUAGAUGAAAAGAUCUUUUGAAAUAUCAUAAAAAUUAGAUUAAGAUGAUCAUCGAAUAACGAAAUAGAAAACUUUAGACAUAAAGCCAAAAUAAAAAGUAACCCAGAAGCAUGAUGACAAUACAUUUCUUACAUAUGUUUGA